AUGGCGGAAGAAUUAACGGAUGCAACGGUGGCAACGGUAUCCGAAGUCUACGUCACCCAGUGGGUAGCGGACACCGUGACCACCACCAUAGCCACCAUCACCACCACGGAGAAGUCUUCGGGCGGGGGUGGCAUCGGUGUUGCAAUCAUUGUGCUGAUCGUGUUUUUUGUGCUCCUGCUCUGCCUCUGCAUAAUCUGCCUGCCGCUCCUCUGUCUGCUAGGCUGCUGCGGCCUGGCCUGCUCUCCAUGUUUAGCCUGCGGCGAUGGAUGUUGCGGCGAAGGAUGUUGCGGCGAAGGAGGAGGCGACGCCUGCGGAGACGGAUGUUGCGGUGGUGCCGACGAGGGUGAUGACGGUUGCUGCGGGGGCGGCGGCUGCGGUGGCGACGACUGCUGCGGAGAUGACGAUUGA